CGGUUCAUACUAUAUGCUCAGCCACUUCCGCUUGGAAACGAAACCCGAACGAGCACGCUCUUUUGCCUGUCGGCUACUAAUUACUGGAUAUAUGCUGUUUUAAGACAUAUUAAUUAGAAUUGUUUAAAGACAUUCUGUUGUUAUAAACUGGAAAUGGACAAUCCUAUUAUGCAGGGGUCAACAAAAAAAUAUGACAUUCCACUUGCACAUCUGGACUUCAGUUACAUCAGACAGUGCAAAGAUGUCAAAGAGCUGGAGAAGAUAUACAGAAUUCUGAAGUCCAAUGAGGAAGGUUAUUUCCCAGAUCUGGAGAAGUGUUGUGAAGAAAAAAUAUUGGAACUUAAUCCUAACAGUCGAUUGCUCAGAAAGGAGACUCCUCUCUUCACUAAAAGAGAUCUGGAUCUGGAUGAAAGACAGCAAAUUGAUGAAGAUGUUAAGACCUGGUCCAGUGACAUGAAGAUGAUGGAGGGAAAUGUUGCUGGUGGCAUCGCUUCUGGCACAGAUUAUGUACCUGAUCUACCGCCUGUUCGCUCAGGAACCAUAACUCUCACAGCAGAAGGGGCAAAGAGUAGUAAGCCAGCUGGCCAAUCAAACAAAAGGGUGACACCCAGAGAUUACAGAGAAUGGGAUAAGAUCAAUGUAGACAAGGAGCUAGAAAAGGUGGAUGAAGAUGACAAGAAGAAGAAGGAGAGGACAUUUGUGGGCAAUAAGGAAGUAAUUAAUCUGGAGGACACAUUGGACCCUACAGGGCUCACAGAGGCAGAGAAGCUGGUGAAGGCAAACAGAGAAAAAGACAAGGGCAAUGAGGCGUUCCGGUCCAAUGACUUCAAGGAGGCUGUGACGUACUACUGCAGAAGUAUCUGCCUGCUCCCCACUGCUGCUUCAUACAACAACAGGGCUCUUGCACACUUGAAACUGUCACAGUGGCAUGAGGCAAUAUCGGAUGUGAAUACUGUGUUGAAAAUGGAACCAGACAAUGUUAAAGCCCUUAUGAGACGUGGCACAGCCUACAAAGGCCUGAAGAUGUUUGAAAAGGCCAGGCAAGACCUGGAGAUUGUAGUCAGCAAAGAACCAAAUAACAAAAAGGCACAGGAGGCAUUAGCAGAAAUAACCAAAGCAAAAGAAGAGAAGAAGAAAACAGGCAGAAGAAUGCAGAUUGAAGAAGUUGAUGAAGCCGAGGAUCAAGAAAAAUAUACUUCCAAGGGAGUUAAUCAAUCCCAAAAGGGAGAGAAUCAUAUUGGAAAGGGAGAUCACUUGACAAAUGCUGGAAAUGUCAAUGGUCUUAAUGAAGCUAAGAAGCCUGCUAGAAGAAUGAAAAUUGAAGAAGUUGAGGAUGACGAUGAUAAGAACAAUGAAAUUGAAAAUCAUGGAGAGAGGAACAAACUGAAUGGAAAUGCAGAAACUAGGUUUGAGUGCACAGAAUAUACAAUCGCAAACAAUAACAGUCAAAGAGCAAAAGAUAUAUGGAAUGAAGAUGAAGUGACUAAAAGUAAUGACAAUGCAAUUACCGGAGUUCCAAUUGUAGAACAAGAGUUGGUAGCUAGUGAUAUGGCGAUAAAUAAAUCAAACAGUGCACAUCAGAUGGCAAAUGGUUCAGUUGAAAUGACAAAUGGUGAACAAAAGACUGAAAGCAAUCAGAGAAGUGGUUCUCCUGUUGAAAUAAAACCAGAUAUAAAUAUGUCAGAGACUUUUGACAGUGAGUCAAAAGAGAACAAGGAUUCAGUAUUAGCGGAUAAUGGGGUGAAUGAUGAUGACAGCAAAACUCCAGAAGUUCAGUCUGAUAAAACAGAAGACAAUGAUGUGGAUGAAUUUGCAGAUAAUGAAGGUGUUGAGAAUGAUAAAAAGGCAAAGCCAGAGCCAGUAGUUCAGCAUGUGAAGCGUCCUGUGUUCUACAUGACAGAUUAUCCACUGGACUGCCUGAAUCUGAAGGAAGAAGCCACCACCCUGUUCAGGAGCGGUCAAUAUGGGGACGCUGCUAAGGUGUACGGAAACAUUAUUGACAUUUUAGAAAAAGCACCAGACCAGCAGGUGAACCUGUCCCUGAUGUACAGCAACCGCGCUGCAUGUCACCUGAAGACAGGGGACCUCCCCGCCACUGUACGGGACUGCACCACCUCCCUUGAUAUCAUACCCCAUAUGGUGAAACCCCUUGUCAGGAGGGCCAGUGCGUAUGAGCAUCUAGAGAGGUAUAAGCUAGCCUACAGAGACUAUCGCCAUGUGUUGUUGCUGGACAGUCGGGUAGAGCAGGCUCAUCUUGGAACUAAAAGAUGUCAGGGCUAUUUGACUGAAAAAGAUGGACCUCACUGGAGGGCAAACGUUGAGCUACCAAAAGUGAAUCCUACAGAAAUACCUGACAUAGUAGGUCUAGAUGGAAAGUCUACCUCACAGAUGGUUUAUCCAUCACUUACUCCCAGCCAAUCAGAUCAGGACUUUGCCAGCACUGCUCAGCUAUUGGCUAGCUCUCAAACAUCCAGCCACCAAUCAGAUUCCAGUUUAGAAAUAAACAGCAAAUCAGAUGUGAGCUCAGAAACAAAUAGCCAAUCAAAUGCAACCACAGGUUCUGGUGACAGCAGGGAUGCCCAAAAGGAAGUUCAAAAACUGUCAACUCAGGAGUUGUUUGAGAAGCUGAAAGCAGAAGGAAAUGAAUUAGUGAAACAGGGCAUGUUCAAGGAGGCUAUAGUCCUGUACACGCAAUGUGAUGAGACCCUGCCCAACCAGACAGUCGUCUACACCAACAGGGCCCUCUGCUACAUCAGGAACAACCAGGCCAAAGAGGCAGAGGGGGACUGUACAAGGGCGUUGGCACUGGAAAAGGACAAUGUUAAGGUGUUCAGACGAGCGCAGGCUAGAAAG